AAUAGCUUAUGCUUAGAACACAUGAAGAGAGUAUUUGCGACGAUUGUCAUGCAAUGUUGCGAAUCGUGAUAUGCAGGCGAUAAUUUGCGUAUAUUUUGUGAUUGUGGGUUUUGUUCGUUUUUUAUGUCUUGGUAAAAACAACAUUUCCAGAGUGCAAUACUGAAUUUCGCGGUACGAUGUAAGAUGUGUAAUUGAUGUGCCAUCCAGUUUAGAAAUAGAUUUUGGCAACCUCAUGCAACGUGCGCAUGUGAAUGAGUGCGCAGGCGUACAAUAAACCCAACAUGGCUGCUUCCUCUCUGUAGUGCAAUGCUGAGCUACAUCCCGGGUUAUGCUAACCUGGGAGUACAUAAUGUAUUUUAAGACCGUAAUAACGUUUUUACGAUUUUAGAGAAUGCUCGAAUGCUCGCAGAUGCUGUUGUAAUUUGAUGUUGUGAUGGUUUCACAACGACUAGUGUAUUGUUCUUUGUUUAUCAGAAGCGAAUUGGCUAAUUUAACAUACCAUACUAGUAACGUUAUGAUAUAGAUUGCUGCAGAAAAUGUCUGUACUGUUCAGAGAUACCAAAGGGUGGCUGCUGGAUCAGUGUUCGUAUAUUAACGAAGGUUACCAACAUUGCCUUGGACUUGGAGAAACGGAACAAAAACAAUACUUUAGAGGUUGCUUCAAGAAAGAUUAUUUCGAAAUCGUCAAGCCCCAUAUUAUUCUCAAACCGGAUGCCGCUUCUGAUGGUAUACCUGCCCAUAGUGUACGGAUUGUUGAGAAUAAUACAAAUGAAGUGGUUGAGGAAUUGCAGUUAGAUGAUAAACAAUCGAGAAAAACCACGGAUAAAAGGGCAAGUUCAAAAAAGCGGAAACGUAGACACAAGGAGCUGAACCAAGGAGAAAUUGAUUCGCAGGUUCACCAUGAAAAGGUAAGGCGAAUCAUUUUGGAGGGAACUGCACUCAUUGUAGCAGAGGGUCGUUCUUGCGGCUUCUUGUGUCAAGUUGAAAAUGAUGGCGAACUGCACAUUCCGAUUGAGGAUGGUCGUCUGGCGGACUUGUGCGACAUGGCAAAACAAAUUCCUGUAGUGGAGGACAGUCAGCAAAAACCUGCGCAGGUUAUUGGUGGUGAUGAUGAGUGUCCAAUGGAGCAACUGGAUUUGUUCACACGGGUAACAGAAAACCAACUACACCAUGCAAGAGAAGUUUUGCUGAUGGGAGAGAGAUAUCUACUUCCACCACGUUGCAGCUUCUUGCUUUCUGACAUUACCAGAAUGCAGCCCCUCCUGCAAUAUGGAAAAAAAUUUGAAGCCAUUGUUCUAGAUCCGCCGUGGGAAAACAAAUCUGUCAAAAGAAGCAACAGGUACAGCUUCCUGCCCUCGUCGCGGCUCAAACAGCUUCCUGUCCCGCUCUUGAGCGCCCCGGGCUGCGUGGUAGCCACCUGGGUGACCAAUCGCCAGAAGCACCUGCGUUUCGUCAGGGAGGAGCUGUACCCGCACUGGGGCGUGGAGGUGCUGGCCGAAUGGCUUUGGGUCAAGGUAACCAGGUCUGGAGAGUUUGUGUUUCCUCUGGACUCUCCACAUAAGAAGCCUUAUGAAAUGUUGGUGCUGGGGAGAUUUCGCGGGAACACCGUGCAGAAAUGCAGCUCUUUGGAAGCAUCAGAACCCGUUCUGCCAGACCACAGACUGAUUGUCAGCGUUCCUUCAGUACUUCACUCUCACAAGCCUUCCAUCGCAGAGGUGCUGAAGGAGUAUCUCGCUCCUGACCCUGCGUGUCUGGAGCUGUUUGCUCGCAACCUUCAGCCGGGCUGGACCAGCUGGGGAAAUGAAGUCAUCAAGUUCCAGCAUCUGAGUUACUUCCAUGUGGAGUCAGCGAGCUGUCUCUCCCCUCCCUGUGCCCGGCCUGCACUUGCGCAUUCGCUCUGAAGCCUGUCUGAAAGGCCACUCUGCCUGGGGCUAAUGAACAGAGUCCAGCUACAGGUUUUAACCACUCUGAAGCCUGUCCCAAAGUCCACUCUGCCUGGGGCUUAUGAACAGAGUUCAGCUACAGGUGUAAACCACUCUGAAGCCUGUCCCAAAGUCCACUGUAUUACAGGAUAAUGAACAGAGUUCAGCUACAGGUUUAAACCGCUCUGAAGCCUGUCCCAAAGUCCACUGUGCUACAGGAUUAUGAACAGAGUUCAGCUACAGGUUUAAACCGCUCUGAAGCCUGUCCCAAAGUCCACUGUGCUACAGGAUAAUGAACAGAGUCCAGCUACAGGUUUAAACCGCUCUGAAGCUUGUUCUGCCGAGACUAUAAUGACACACACAGGUUUAAACCAUGUAAGAUAAAGGUGUUUGAUAUGAAAAUCCUGGUUUGUUUUUAUGAAGUUUAAAGAGCAUGGUAAAUCUCUCUUUUCUUGGUCCCUCUAUGUGUGUGUGUAUAUAUUAUUAACCUGUGGCAGACCAUGGAGAUCUGGGGAAACAGACGGGAUGAAAGACAGCACCAAGUAGAGAUGUUUGGUCAGAGGCCUUGUUUUAUAUCCAUAAGAGGCCCUAGUUACCAGGCUGUGUUUAACUGUAGAACAAGGGUAGAACUUGCGUGAUUGUUUUAAUAUGCAAGUUUAUGAUACUUUCCACAUUGAGUACUAGACAAAUGUGUCAUCACUGAAUUAGUCAUCAAUAUACUGUGGAACUAAAACUGCAUAUUUUAAAAAUAUCUAUAUUGGAAUAUUCAGAUUGUAUUGGUUAACUGAACCAUUUACUUAUUAUAGAUUUGUAACAUUUUCUAUCUUUUUAGAUCAUGCCUAAUAAAGAAAUCUAAGCUA